AUGGCGAGAAGACCCCGGACCACCUCUCGAAAGACCUCCCAAUCUCCUAAUUCCGCCGCUCAUACUCAGUCGCCAAAGGCCCAAAAAGGCUGUAAAGGCAGCUGUGAGCCAUCGGAUGACGAGGAAGGUGAAGAAAUAGUGACCAACUUGACCCCUCCAAGUGCGACGCACAGUGAGAACUGCGAAAACGGGCACGUGUCGUGCGGGGCAUGUUGCCUAGGGGCGCACAACAACUGCGGCAGCUGCGGCAGUCCCAUUGGCACCAAUAGAAACCGAGCUCUAGAGAGGGUUCUCGAUUCGAUGCGAGUCCCAUGCCCUAAUGCCUUGUAUGGGUGCACGGAGUAUUCGAGCUUCAGCAACAAGCUCCAACAUGAAAAAACGUGCCGACACUCUCCUUGCUCUUGCCCUUACCCGAACUGCACCUACACCGGCCUCCCCUCCUCCGUCUACUCCCAUUUUGCUGCCACCCACUCUGCCUCGUCUCAGUCUCAGUCUUUCUUCUUCGACUAUGAGUUUCUUGUCUCUUUGGAAACCGAUCAGAGGCACGUUUUCUUGCAAGAGGUAACUAAGGACAGGCUUUUUGUCCUCAGCCGCCGGCCCAACCGCCUCGGGAGCAUGGUUGCUGUGGAGUGCAUUGGACCCAUCUCACUCGAGAGGAAAUUUGUUUACGAGGUUAUGGCGGCGGAUGGUGUGGGUUUUGCGAGGCUGAGGGCUCUGGCUGAGACGAGAGCGGUUUGGCUCGGGGGGCAGCAGCCUGGCAACAAGUAUCUUUUCGUGCCCGAGGAAUUUGUGGGUGCUGAUGGGAAGCUGAAGCUGGAGGUUACUAUUAGGGAUCGGGAGUUGAGGUCCGCCAGGGCCCGCAAGUAG